AUGGCGAGAUAUUCUCAACCUUUUGACUUCUACCAACAAUCACCGUCGACGUUGGAUGCAAAACCCUCGUUUCCUGAAGAGGACGAGAUGAGUGUACUGGACGAUAAGAUCUUGGAUUCGACAUCACCCGAACUGUCUUCCUCCAUGGCCGAUCCUCGGCGAUCCUCAUAUGACCAUGCGCCGGAUGCCUUCACGCAUCGAGAUUCCGUCUGGUCCGAUUUCUCCCAAUCAGUCUCCAGCAACCAGUCCCGACACAACUCCCAAGUCGGCCACCAAUUCUUUGAAUCCGCUCCCAACCCUUUUAUGCGGGUAGACGGCGCCCACCCGGCCUCAGCUUAUGGUCAGCAGGCAUCCUGGUCGCUUUCCAAAGAUUCGGGCUCGUGUACGCCGACCGCCAUGUAUGAGCAUUUCCCCUCGGAGAUGGACAACGGCUCGUCAGCUCCCUUCUCGGGCGGUGCCGUGGGCCCCGUGAGCGCCAUCAACCUGUCCUCCAUGUCGUACCGUCCCAGUAUGGCCUUCGCCGCCUCGGGUGCCGUCGCCAUGUCGCCGCAGUCCAGCCAGGGCUGGAUGCCGGCAUCGACCGACAUGCCGGAUGCCGCUUCUCGUCCCACGAAAAGCCCUACCUAUCGGAACAGCUCGCCCUUGAGCGUCCGACGGGAUGGCAUCCGGAAGAAGAACGCUCGCUUUGAAAUACCAGCCGAGCGCACGUUGAGUAACAUCGACCAGCUGAUCAGUCAGUCCAACAAUGAGGAGGAGAUCAAGGAGUUGAAGCAACAGAAGCGGUUGCUGCGAAACCGGCAGGCUGCUUUGGAUUCUCGUCAACGCAAGAAGCUUCACACCGAGAAGCUCGAGGAAGAAAAGAAGCAAUACACCCAAGCCCUCACCGAUCUUGAGGAAGAGCUGCGGGAAGCGAGAGCGCGGGAAGACCAGCUGAUUCGUGAGAGGAACGAAUGGGUCGCCGCCCAGCAGGAGAUCACCCAAUACAUCAACACCAUGCACAUGGAUAAGGAUGAGAUGAUCCGGGUACACACGCUGGAGACCACCGAGCUCCGCAAGAAGAACAACAUUCUCAAAGAGACCGUCGAGAAGCUCGAGCGACACGCAAGAGCCGCCCCUGCUCCCUCGAACAUGGCAAGCGAAUUCUCUGACUUUGAGAACCUGACCAUGGGUAACAGCCCGUGGGAAGACUUCACUAUGGUCAACAGCCUGUCUCUUGACGCCGACCCCGUCUCUACUGCUCCCACCGGACAGUCGUCCUCUCUUGUGUCGGCCAAUGACCGGGGCGCCGAGAAGUCCAACGACUACCCGUUCAGCUGGAACGCUUUCUACAUGUGUCUCCUCUUCGGUGCCUUUAUUGCUUCCAACAACAACUCGCUCUCUGCUCGCGCCAUUCCUCAAUUGUCCGAGGAGUACCGAGCCGAGUCGGCCAACGUUCUCAGGGCUGUGUUGUCUUCCUCCCCGCCUGAGUUGGCUCAUCCCAUGGGCCAGGCCGCCGUCGCUUCGUCGUCGGCUGGUCCCCUCCCGACCACCAUCAGCGGUGCCGAGAUGGCUCAGAUGAGUGCCGGUACCGUGCACUCCAACCUGGAUGAGCUUCACAACACGCUUGCGAUGCCAACGAAGGAGCAGGAGCAAGAGCAAGUCUUUUCGCUGAACGCGGAGCAGUACAACUCCUUGACCACCUACGAGGACCCCAAUGUCAACUACAAGUCGCAGCAGCCCUCCAACCUCCAGCAGGCGCUGGCUGCCAUGCAAGGUAGUGCGCCCGGAAGUAAGAUUCCCGGCAAAUCUACCUCGGACGUCUACUCGAGGUCGCUCAUGUGGGAUCGCGUUCCCGAAAAGGUAAUCCGAGAUUUCCGCCGCAUGGUUCAGGAUUACGGUGCCCCUCCCGUCAAGGAAGAGGAAUCGGGCUUCGGUCAAGCCUGA